AUGAAAUUUUAUGCGCAAGGAACAAUCGCCAGUGCACAGGGCAUAUCACUGGCAUUUACCACCUUUGGGGCCGGUAUCCUAUCGGAUCGCAUAUCAUCGCGAAACCUACUGACCUCGGCGUUCAUAAUAUGCACGAUAUCUACACUACUUGUGUCUAUCAGUCCCGUAAGCGCCGGUCUAUACGCCAUACUAUGGUUCGUAAACGGUGUGGGACAGGGUCUGGCCCUACCACCCAUACUCAAGCUCACCCGUGAAAACAGUGAGCCUGCUAAGUUUGCCACCAACUGGGGACUGGUACUACUGUCCGUCAACUUAGCCUCCAUUACCAACCCAUUUGUGGCGGCACUGAUAGGCCAGUCCUACGGCUGGCGACAGUACGUGGCGUUCAAUGGCGUACAGACCAUGACUAUCGGCGCCUUAUGCCAUAUACUUCUGGAUACCGGUGCCGACACUACCGGUGAUAAAGUCACAAAAAAGUCCGACUCACCAAAAGCUACCGGUGCUGUGAAAUGGUGGGAUGUGCUCAACAGCCCAUUCGUUUGGCUGGUAAUCAUUAUUAGUUUCGUUGAGGGGGUCAGCCGUAUAGGACUCAUGGAUUGGAUGCCUAUGUAUUUAGAUAAGGAACUACACUUUGACACAUACCGGGCCAAUGUGUUUGUCAGUCUCAUGGGACUGGGAGGUAUAGCCGGUAAGCUAUUAGCUGGCAAAUGGAGUGAUGCACUCGUACGCAGGGCACCGGUAUCUACCGAUAGUGCUCAGUCGACGGGGAUUAUAGUCUUGAUAACAGCCUUAUUGAUUGGCAUCACUAUCGCCGGUAAUGUCGUGAAUAUCUCGGUUAUGGGCACUGAGUUGGGACCAAAGGACAUGGCGGGCACCUACUCUGCUAUUAUUACCCUGGCUAGUCUAGUCGGCGGUAUUUUUACGGGACUCCCAUUGACUACAGUAGCGGACUAUUACUCAUGGAAUACGGCAUUCAUUGUCAUUGAAUUGUUGUGUGUUUUCGCGUUUAUAAUCAUUAAUUUGGCUAAACUUUUGCCACAAAAGGCUAAAAAGGAUUAA